AUGAACGCAGGGGGACAGUUAGGCAACAAACUCUGUCAGUACCUGUCCCUAGUCUUGAUAAGAAGGGUAUUUGGCGUCCGGGUUGCGAUUCUUGAAGCAAUGAAUGGAGCUAUCGGAGGAUUAUUCGGUAAGCUGAGCCUGCCCGUUGAAGACCACAAGUGUUUCCCUGGGUACACCGCACAGCUGCCUUUCAGUAACCUCUACAAACAGUUAUUUAUCAAUAACACAGACAAUGAUAUAGUGUUGUCUAACUCACAGCUGCGGCAUUACCCACUCAGCGAGUCUUCUUAUGUCAAAGAUUAUCCGUGUCCUUCACAUUUAUUGGUUCCAUUAAGGGAUCAGUUUCGUCAUGAGUUGCCUUUUAGACAAGACAUCAUUGACAAAGCUAAAGAACGGCUUGAUAAUGCUGUUAAAAGUCUGCACAACAAUACAUCACAAAAUAUAACAGUAAUUACUGUUCAUGUUCGUAGAACCGACCAUUUUCCUUUUAUGAAAAAAGUAUACAAGUUAGAUCCUCUGGAUAAGACUUAUUUUCAGCGGGCAUUUCAGUUCUUCAGGAACAGAACAGCUGUUCCAGUGUUCGUGAUGACCAGUGAUGACCCCAAGUGGUGCCAAAGAAAUAUUAUAGACAAGGAUGUUGUUUAUGGUGGUAAGUCGCGUGAAAAUAUUGACCUGGUAAUGCUGUCCCUCGGAGAUCACCAUGUGAUAACUUACGGAACCUACAGCUUCGUCAGCGCCUUCCUUGGUAGAGGCAUCAUCGUCUACCCGGACCCAACCGGCUGGCCUGUUUUUCCAUGUUUUAACUCUACCGUUAUUCAACCAGUAUACAGCGAUUAG